UCUUAUCAAUCACAAAUUACAAAAUUGGCGUUCGCGUUUUCAUUAUUUUUUCUUUAAUUAUUUAUUUAUUUCUUAUUUCAAGUUCAAGUACAUAUUUUUAUUUUUCCGCUAAAAUACAUAGAGACUGCUAGAAAUUUGAAAUUUCAUACUUUUAACUGUCUGCUGCUGUGAAUUCAAGGAAAUGGGGAAGAAAAAAAUUGUCAAAGUUAAAAAUAAAGCACCGGCAGAAAUUCAAAUCACUGCUGAACAACUUCUCCGUGAAGCGAAAGAACGUGAUUUAGAAAUUGUUCCUCAUCCACCCAAACAAAAAAUCUCUGACCCCGAAGAAUUAGCUGAUUAUCAAAGAAGAAAGCGUCGAACAUUUGAAGACGACAUCAGAAAAAAUCGAGGAAAUAUUAGCAAUUGGUUGAAGUACGCGAGAUGGGAAGAGAAUCAAAAAGAAAUUCAAAGGGCAAGAUCUAUUUACGAAAGAGCUUUAGAUGUAGACCACCGAAACGUAAAUUUAUGGAUAAAAUAUUCCCAAUGGGAAAUGAACAAUCAACAAGUAAAUCAUGCGAGAAAUAUAUACGAUCGAGCUGUAACUAUUUUACCCAGAGCAAAUCAAAUAUGGUACAAAUACGUGUAUAUGGAGGAAACGCUCGGAAAUAUGGCGGGAACCCGUCAAGUUUUUGACCGGUGGAUGCAAUGGCGACCUGAUGAGCAAGCUUGGAUGACAUACGUCAAUUUCGAGAUGCGGUAUAAGGAGAUUAAUAGAGCACGCGAAAUAUUUAAUACUUUUAUUAUUGUUCAUCCUGUAGUUGAGAACUGGAUAAAAUUUGCCAGGUUUCAAGAAAAUCAUGGUUUUAUUAGCGAAGCCAGAGAGGUUUACUAUCGGGCGUAUCAGUUUUUUGGUGAAGAUCUGAUGGACGAAGAAUUUUUCGUUGCGUUUGCUACAUUUGAAGAAAAUUAUAAAGAGUAUGAAAGAGCUCGUGUUAUUUAUAAAUACGCGUUAGAACGCUUACCGGAAGAAAAGGCUCAGAAUUUGAACAACGCGUAUUCUAUAUAUGAAAAGAAAUUUGGCGAUAAAGAUACAAUCGAAAAUGUCAUUAGCGGAAAGAGAAAAUUCCUAUACGAGCAGGAAAUUAAACAAAAUCCUAUGAAUUAUGAUGCUUGGUUUGACUACCUAGAAAUUGUAGAAAGCGAAGGUAAUUUUGAAGUAAUUCGUGAUAGUUAUGAAAAAGCAAUAGCAAAUGUGCCUCCGGUGAAAGGGAAACAGUUUUGGAGAAGGUAUAUUUAUUUAUGGAUCAACUACGCCAUUUUUGAGGAAUUGACGGCAAGAAAUUCCGAAAGAACUCGAAAAGUGUAUUUAGCGUGUCUAGAAAUUAUUCCACACAAAAAAUUCACGUUCGCUAAAAUGUGGCUUUACUACGCAUCGUUUGAAGUUCGUCAAAAGAAGUUACCAGCUGCCAGAAAAGCAUUGGGCAAAGCUAUAGGAUUGUGUCCGAAAAAGAAGUUAUUCAAAGGAUACAUUGAGUUAGAAUUGCAAUUGCAAGCAGUAAACAGAUGCAGGAAGCUUUACGAGAAAUUUUUGGAUUUCAAUGCAGAAAAUUGUUCCACUUGGGUUCAGUUUGCCGAGCUUGAAACCUACUUAGAUGAAAUUGACCGCGCAAGAGUAAUAUACGAAGAAGCAGUGAAACAAUCACACCUAGAUAUGCCUGAUCUGCUAUGGAAAUCAUUCAUUGAUUUUGAAAUCAGUCAAAAUGAAUUAGAAAAUGCACGCAAAGUAUUUGAAAGAGCUAAUAAUUCUUUGAAAAAUGUUGGCGAAAAAGAAGAAAAAGCGAAAUUAUUGCAAUCGUGGAAAUUAUUUGAAAAAGAGUUCGGCAACGAAGAAACCCUCGAAAGAGUUGAUGUAAUUAUGCCAAAUAGAGUGAAAAAACGCGUGCAUUUCGUCUCUGAUGACGGAAAGGAAGAAGGCUGGGAAGAAAAACUUGUUCUCGUCUUCCCUGAGGAUGAAACGGCAAAUGCAAAACAGAAUAUGAAAAUACUGACGCAAUCCAAGUCAUGGGCGAAACAAGUUGACGAGUUUGAUUUUUAAUAUUCGUUUUUUAAAGUAACAUUGUCUGUUUUGUAUAGGUAAUUAUGUACUUAGACUUACCUACUCGUAUGUAAAAUGAAACAUUUUUUUGUACUUUCGUUAUCGACUUGUAUCUUUUUAUGAAAUAUGUAAAAUUAUGUUCAUAACUUGACGAUUUUUAUUUUUAAUAUUAAUUUUUUCAAAGUAACUUUUUUUGUCUGUUUUGUAUAAUUAUGUAUGUAAAAUAAAACAUUCUUUUGUA